GACUUUGGCGUGACAUUUUUGCGUGUUUGUCCGGUGUUGUUUUUUUUCUUGGCGGGUUUUUUCAUGGAAAAUCCACCUUGAAGGACCUUCAUCUGCCCUUAGAGACAAUUAAGAGGCUCUCACUUGUGAUAUGGACAGCAGAGAGUGGCUAAAUCCAUUUGUCUUUGGUGGAAUUGCAUCAAUAACAGCUGAAUUUGGAACUUUCCCCAUCGACACUGCAAAGACACGCCUUCAGAUCCAGGGGCAGAAGCUCGAUGGUCAGUUUACGCGGCUCAAAUACCGCGGGAUGACGGAUGCUUUUGUCAAAAUAACCCGCGAGGAAGGAAUGCGUGCACUGUACUCAGGGAUCUGGCCAGCUGUCCUCAGACAAGCCACAUAUGGGACAAUUAAAUUUGGCACUUACUAUUCCUUGAAGAAGCACCUGAGUCGGCAUGGAAUACUGCAAGAUAGCACUGGGAAGGAGAGAGUUUGGGCAAAUGUAGCCUGUGCUGUGUCCGCAGGAGCAAUCUCUAGUGCCAUUGCCAAUCCUACAGAUGUCCUGAAGGUGAGAAUGCAAGUAGAUGGUAGAGGAUCUGGUAAGCAGAGCCUUUUCGCGUGCUUCCGAGAAAUCUACGUGCGAGAGGGCAUUCGUGGUCUCUGGCGAGGUGUUUGUCCAACAGCUCAGCGAGCCAUUGUCAUUGCUGCAGUCGAACUGCCCGUAUACGAUGGCUGCAAGAGUACCUUGAUUCCCUACCUUGGAGACACAUCCGCCAAUCAUCUCCUAUCCAGUUUCAUCGCAAGUCUGGGCAGUGCUGUAGCCUCGACACCGCUAGACGUCAUCCGGACGCGUCUGAUGAACCAGAAACGGAUCACAGUAGCCCUCGAGGGACUCCCAGCCAAAAUCUACACCAGCAGCCUCGACUGUGCUCUUCAGACCGUCCGCACCGAAGGGCCGCUGGCACUGUACAAAGGCUUCGUGCCCACACUGGUGCGCAUGGGGCCCUGGAACAUCAUCUUCUUUGUCACGUACGAACGACUGAAGAUAGGUAUUUUUUUAUUUAUUUCCUAAAGCUCAUAAAAGAAAUGUAAAAAAAAACCAAGGCAAAGUGUAAAAAGAGAAAAAAAUUAGAUAGAAAGAAGCAAAGGAAGAGUAAGAUUGAAAAAAAAAAAACAAUUGGAAGAUCUCAUAAUUUAGA